AUGUCUGGGAAGAUGACUCUGUGCAUCCCCCGAGGCUUCUGGACAGCAGCUGUGAUGAUGAUCCUGGUGGUGCUGAGCAUCCCAGUGGCUGAGGGCAGAGACUCUCCACAGGAUUUCGUGUACCAGUUUAAGUUCGAGUGCUAUUUCACCAACGGGACGGAGCGGGUGCGGCUUCUGACUAAAUACAUCUAUAACCGGGAGGAGUUCGUGCGCUUCGACAGCGACGUGGGGGAGUACCGGGCGGUCACGGAGCUCGGGCGGCCCGACGCUGAGUACUGGAACCCGCAGAAGGACGAGAUGGACCGGGUACGGGCCGAGCUGGACACGGUGUGCAGACACAACUACGGGGUGGAAGAGCUCACCACGUUGCAGCGGCGAGUGGAACCGACAGUGACCAUCUUCCCGUCCAAGACAGAGGUUCUGAACCACCACAAUCUGCUGGUCUGCUCAGUGACAGAUUUCUAUCCAGGCCAGAUCAAAGUCCGGUGGUUUCGGAAUGACCAGGAGCAGACAGCUGGUGUCGUGUCCACUCCACUUAUUAGGAAUGGGGACUGGACCUUCCAGAUCCUUGUGAUGCUGGAGAUGACUCCCCAGCGAGGAGAUGUCUACACUUGCCAUGUGGAGCACGCCAGCCUCCAGAGCCCCAUCACAGUGCAGUGGCGGGCACAGUCUGAAUCUGCCCAGAGCAAGAUGCUGAGUGGCAUUGGUGGCUUCGUGCUGGGGCUGAUCUUCCUUGGGCUUGGCCUUAUCAUCCGUCACAGGAGCCAGAAAGGAUCUCGGGGGUCUCCACCGGCAGGGCUCCUGCACUGAUGCCUGAGGAUACCGGGGAUUCCAUCCUUUGUAGUGUCCGUCUGUCCCUGCCCAGAAUUCCCAGCUGCCUGACAGACUGUCCCCACAUAGAUCAGAGUCCUACAUGACUCUGAGGACUCUUGAGGAUCUGGGUGUGAUUCUGCUUCCUGCAUUGACCUGUGUGCUCCCUGCUACAGGAUCUACUCAGGCCCCAAGGGAUUUUCCUGUUUCCAUUCUUCCUUCACAGAUUGUGCAAGAGAAGCACAUUGAAGCCAUUUACCUGAAGAUAGAGAUUUUAUCAUAAUUAAAUGUGAUUAUGAGUUCUCUGUA